AUGCUUGGAGGAGAAGAUUUUGACAAAGCUAUUUGUCAAUAUAUUGAGAAAGAAUUUGAACGAAAAUAUAAACGAAAUCUUCAAAGAAAUAAGAAAGGAAUUAGUAGAAUUAAAGAAGCAGCAGAGAAAGUAAAAUGUGAAUUAUCAUCAAGUGAAGAAAGUGUAAUUUCAUUACCAUAUCUUGAUAGACAAGAUUCACUUGAAAUUACAAUCAGUAGAAGAAAAAUUGAACAAUUAUGUAAGGGAAUUUGUAAAAGAACAGAAUAUCCUUGUCUUCAAUGUAUGAAAGAUGCAAAAUUAAGAAAAAAAGACAUUAGUGAUGUUGUACUUGUUGGAGGAAUGACAAGAAUGCCUUUAAUUCAAAACACUGUUCAAGAAAUCUUUGGAAAAAAACCAAGUAAAAAUGUCAAUCCAGAUGAAGCUGUUGCUAUUGGAGCAGCAAUUCAAGCAAGUAUUAUUGAAGGGAAGAAAAAGGAUAUUAUUCUUGUUGAUGUUACACCACUAACAUUAGGAAUUGAAACAUAUGGAGGUGUGAUGACACCAUUAAUCAAUAGAAAUACAACAAUCCCUACAUCAGUUUCAAAGGAAUUUACCACAUCAAUGGAUAAUCAACAAGAAGUAGAUAUUAAAGUGUUUCAAGGAGAACGUAGAGUUACAAGAAAGAAUAAAAAGUUAGGAGAAUUUAAAUUGGUUGGAAUUCCACCAGCAAAGAAGGGAGUAGCAAAAAUUGAAGUUACAUUUGACAUUGAUGUCAAUGGAAUAGUAAAAGUCUCUGCACUUGACAAAGGAACAGGAAAGAAAACAGGGAUUCAAGUCAAAAGUAAUGGUGGAUUGAAUGAAGAAGAAAUCAAUCGACUAGUUAAGGAAGGAGAAGAACAUGCUGCAGAAGACAAGAGAAAAGAGCAAUUACUUCUUCACAGACAACGAUUAAAAGAAAUGAUAGAGAGUGCAGAAGACAUUCAAAAAGAGUUAUUAAAGAAAAAGAUUGAAACAACAAGUGAAUUAGAAAGAGUUAUUAAUCAAUCCAAAAAGGUUAUCACAUCAGAAGAUGAAAAUGAAAUUAAAAGAUUAAUUGAUCAAUUAGGAGAAGAAACAUCAAAUUCUUCUGCUAAAUUAUAUAAUUAA